UCGGUGGAAGAGCUGCUACCUGCCUGGUUCCCCCGAGCGAGGGCAUUUUCCUGCUAAUCGCAUAGGAUCGAUUGUAUUUUUGAAGUGGGUAGAGUGGCCCGGCGUCCGGAAAGAUGCGAGGCUGGAGGAGGACUGGAUGCACGGUGUCACGGAAGCUUAGGAGAAGACCACCCCAUCCCCCCCAAACACACACACACUCCAUCCCUUUUGGAAGCAAGGAGAGAUCUGCGCAUGCUUAACUCGAGGUCUUGUCUCCCACCCCCACCCCCCCGUGUCCCCGUGAAGAAGGCUGGCCUAGGGGAGGAGAGGAAGAAAGGUCCAUCCGCCUCCCGGGACACCGCGCCGCUGAAGAUGCGCCCUCCCUUGCGCGGAGGCGCAGAGGAGACGGCGCCCGGGCACCUCCCUGUCCGAGAGUAACAGGUCUCCGCGGCUCUGAGUGGCUUCCCCCGCCCCCCAGCCGUACAGCAGGUGCCCCUCCUGGGCCGGAGGGCGGGACGAGAGCUGCUGCCGCCGCGCCCGCCGCCUCCUGCUCUUCCAGCGGUGCGGCCGCGGUGAACAUCUGGGCUGGGGCGGGGAAGCGCCGCGUGAGCCCAGCCCAGCCCCGACGGCGCCCUCGCCGCGCGGAGCUGUCCAGGGAGGGCGGCGCUCUCCAUGGUGCUGAAAGCCGCUCCCGCGGGACCCCUGCCUGGCGGUCGGCGGCCCCGGGAGGCUCCCCAGGCGACUGAGGCGCGCCUAUCUUCCUCCUCCUCCGCCGCCGCCCCGCUCGCUUCCACCGCAGCCGCGGAGCCCCGCGAUCUCGUCGUCCCGCCAGCCCCGGAGAGCCGGCAGCCAGGCGCCCGGCCGCUUCGCCCGCCGCGCUCGGAGUAAUGGCUGCGCUGACCAAGGUGGCCGGCGCCUCCACCUUCCUGGCGGUCUUGUGGGUUGGUGUCUGUUCUGCCGUCUGUGUCGAAGUGCCGUCAGAGACGGAGGCGGUCCAGGGAUCGCACAUGAAGCUGCUGUGUAUCUCCUGCAUGAAGCGAGAAGAAGUCAGUGCCAAUACUUUGGUGGAAUGGUUCUACAGGGCUGAAGGAGAAGACGUGGAUGACCUUAUUUAUGUGUAUGAGAACGAGAAACAGCCAAUACUGCCACUGACCCGCUUCAGCGGGAGGCUGAUGUGGAACGGGAGCAAAGACAUGCAGGAUGUGUCCAUCUCCGUGCACAACAUCUCCCUGAACGAUUCCGGGGUCUACACCUGCAAGGUCAACAGGACGUUUGACUUCGACAUCCAUCACCACACUGUCACCACCUCCACACUGAUCCACCUCACAGUCGUGAAGGAGGCUGGCGAAGACUUCACCUCAGUCAUCUCGGAAAUAAUGAUGUAUAUUCUCUUGGUCUUCCUCACCUUGUGGCUUCUGAUCGAAAUGGUCUACUGCUACAGGAAGGUCUCCAAAGCGGAGGAGGCGGCCCAGGAAAACGCGACUGACUACCUUGCCAUCCCGUCAGAGAACAAGGAGAACUGCGCUGUACCUGUGGAGGAGUAGCAGGUAGAAACCCCCCCAGGGUAUGGUCUGCUACCAAAGGAGUCUCCAGCCACAAGGACCGAGUCGCCGCCGCCAGGUUUGUGGGAGCCCAAUAACCAGAGGAGGAGGAAGAGGAGGACCAAAGAAAAGAGUGUAAAUUCAUUUUUGUUUGUCUGGGACAUUGCACCGCUUUGACUUCAUGGCUCCCAUCUUGACCUGCUGGCCCCGUUUGUUACGGAAUUCUCCUUUGAGGCAUGCUAAGGCAAAGGGGAAGGGGACAGAGCCGCAAUUUCCCCCCUCAUCUCCCUCGACCGCUUUGUAGAUAAGCUCUCCUCUCACCAGCUGUGACCUUGGAACGAAGCAAAAGUCCUGCCUUUCACCGAUGCUCAAGUGACAUUAAGUCCGUAGCCGUUGCAUUAGCUGUUCAUGCGUGUUAGCACGUUAAUGCCCAACCGACGGCCCGGAAAGCUCAUCACAUUUCCCUGGGGCAGCAAAGGUAUUGCUUGUAUGUUUUGGCUGAUGUCAUCACGAUCAUA